GCCAAUCGGCUCCAGCAGAGAGAAACAAGGUUUCUCCCCACCCACAAUGGACUCCCUAGCAACAUCCAUCAACCGAUUUGCCCUGGAGUUUAGCAAAAAGCUGGCUGAGUCUGCGGAGGGAAGAAACAUUUUCUUUUCUCCUUGGGGCAUCUCGACUUGCUUGGGCAUGGUGUAUUCAGGCACCAAAGGAGACACAGCUGCCCAGAUGGCACAGGUGCUUCAGUUUAACAGCAGCAGAGAUCUCAAAUCUGAUCCUGAAAGUGAGAAGAAAAGGAAAAUGGAAUUCAACUCAGACAAGGUAGAAGACAUACACUCUGACUUCCAGUCACUUAUGGCAGAAAUCCUCAAGCCGGGCAACUCCUACAUACUUAAAACAGCCAAUAGGAUAUACGGAGAGAAAACAUACCCGUUUCACAGCAAAUACUUUGAAGACAUGAAAACCUAUUUUGGUGUGGAGCCACAGUCUGUGAAUUUCAUGGAAGCUCCUGGGCAGAGCAGAAAGGAGAUCAACUCUUGGGUUGAAAGCCAGACAGAGGGUAAAAUUCCAGAUCUUCUACCUGAUGGCUCCGUGGAUGCCCUGACCAGGAUGGUUCUGGUGAAUGCCCUGUACUUUAAAGGGACCUGGGAGCAGCAAUUCUCGGUGCAGAACACCACAGAAAAGCCUUUCAGGGUAAACAAGACUACAACCAAACCAGUGCAAAUGAUGUCUAUGAAAAAGAAACUUCCAGUUUUUUUCAUUGAGCAGCCACGAGCCACAGGUCUUCAACUCUACUACGCCAGCCGUGACCUGAGCCUGCUAGUACUCCUGCCAGAAGAUGUUGAGGGACUGGAACAGCUGGAGGAAGCCAUCACCUACGAGAAGCUGAAUGAGUGGGCCCGCGAAGACAUGAUGGAGCUAUAUGAAGUGCAGCUGCACCUGCCCAAGUUCAGGCUGGAGCAGAGCUACGAUCUCAAGUCUGCUCUGAGCAGCCUGGGGAUGAGAGACGUAUUCAGCCAGGGUAAAGCUGACUUUACAGGGAUGUCUUCAGACAGAAACCUGUGUCUGUCCAACGUGUUCCACAAAGCUUUUGUAGAAAUCAAUGAAGAAGGCACAGAGGCUGCGGCUGGCACCGGGAGCGAGGUGAAAUUCCGAAUUAAACUCCCAUCCAUGGAGUACAAUGCGGACCACCCAUUCAUCUUCCUCAUCAGACACAACAAGAGCAAGAGCUUGCUCUUCUAUGGAAGGUUCUCCUCCCCCUAAGCCCGCUAACUCUCAGCUAAGCCAACUGUCUCAUGGAAGAGGAAGUGUGCCAGCAGAUGGAAAAGCACAGCGAUAAUGCAGUUAUGCUCAUCAUAGAGAUCUUCUUUGCUUUUAAAUAUUAGCACCUAAAUCUUUUCAUCCUGUCCUAUCUGCAGAGUUAAGAAAAUAUAGU